CUGAGGACCGGGGAGUUUAUCAGGUAUAAAACCAUGACGGGUGUCUUCCUCGAACAUCAUUCAGCACACACAUUCCCCGUUGCUGGAUUUACCCCCUCAUCAAAGCAAUCAUGGCCAACACAUCUGCCAGACAAACUGCCGCAUUAAUGGCCCUGCGAGAUGCCAGACAAAUUGCACAAUGGACUCCGGUAAACAAGCCGAGAGACGAACACGAGAUGACUCGACCAGAGGAGAACAACGCCGCUGGAGGCGAGACCAGGCUUUUAGAUGUUAAUCCACUGUUGGAGAAUGUUGAACGUCACCCACGUGACCACGAGAGAGCGCUCCGAGAGGCCAGACAACGACUCGACGCCAUUGACAAUCGACCCCUUUCUUUCGCAAAAUCCCUCUUCUGGCUCUUCGUCGGUCAUCUCAUCGCACGAUUACUGGUCCUUGGGCUGCAAGCUUUCAUCACAGUUGGUCUGCCUGCUUGGGUUGAUUUUCUUCGGGGGAUCAUCCUUCUCGUGGUCUCCUUUCUCUGGAUCAACGUCUCUCCUAUCCUCUGCUUCGCUGGCGGAAUGAUAGCCAUCUAUGGGGUGAAUGCGUUGUCUCGGCGUUUGACCAGACUGACUGGGGGCACUCCACUUGGUGCCGCGAUGGACUAAAUUGAUACGCGACCCGCGUAUCCUGUUCACAGCGCGGCUGGUGUCAAGACCAUAUUUUUUGGCUGCGGCGGGAGGCCUGCUGGUAUGAUCUGGGACCACCUCCUCAGUUUUCGUAGGUAGAACCCUCAAAUCCAAACACGCUCCAAGAAUUUCGUAG